GCGUAUCCAGAGCACUUUCGAGGCUGGCUGCUAAAGUGGACCAACUACAUCAAGGGCUACUGGAAGAGAUGGUUCGUCCUCUCCAAUGGACUCCUCUCCUACUACAGGUCCUAUCCCUUGUGUUCAUUUAGCUAUGAACCAGUGGACCCAAUAGUAGUUUGUGUACUAGCAAUGUUGUUUCAGCUGUGUGAUGUUCUAAGGGACAAGGGAUAUAUAUGCAUACUUAUACCGUUACAUAAAUAUGUGCACCUUUUACUUUCCUUGCCCUGUAAACCCAGGGCUCACGAGAUGUUUAUUCGUUGCCUUUGGUUAGUUCUUGAGCAGAGAUCAACCUUACUCUAUGAUGUUUCUCUUCCCAUUAUACCAGAGCCUCUUCCAGUGGUGGAGUUUGUGCUAGAGGAAGGAAUCAUGUCAGAUAACAACACCUUACUUGUGCCGAUGCUGCAUCUAGCAGUAUAAUGGCAAGAGUUAAUGGUUGUGCAUUGAUGUUUGUCUGCAGUGACGAUGAGGCAGUGAGACUGAUACAAAUGGAGCCUCCACAGAAGAAGACCAGUGGUCCAGUUAUCACAGAGGAAGGCACUACCCAGACUCUAGUACUGUCUGGACCACCAGAUGAUCAGUUAGAUGAUGAGAACGACCCUUUCACUUCCACUAAUACUGAGGGUGGCAGUGAGUUCCAACCAGUGGAGGUCAGUCGCUCAGUACUCACCAGACUACACAGGUCAGAGGUCAUGGUCAAGGAGUGGGGGGCUCCAAUUGGAAACCAGUACUACCGCUCCGUCUUGCCCGUCUUCCCCAUCUCCCUCUGUGGCUCCUGUAAUAAGAUGUUCUUGGCUGAUGACUAUGAGCUACAGGAACUGUGCAAAGGACACUGUCCUUUCUGUAUAUUAGGACCUCCAUUGACUCUCUAUAGUUGUUAAAUUGGCGAACGGGAGCGAGCUAACCUAGUGAGUCCAACGGCGCGAUUUCCUUUAUAUAUUUGUAACCGUACGUCUUCCACGCGCUUCUUUUUAUCCGAAAAACAUUUCUAAUUUUUACACCGUA